AUGGGCAAUAUCUCCGAAGACUCCUCGCGGGAGGACUGCAAGUCUCUGCAGUCGCUCCCCUCCGGCGAAAGCCCGGCCAUCAGCUCGGUGAUGUUCUCGGCCGGGGUGCUGGGGAACCUCAUCGCGCUGGCGCUGCUGGCGCGCCGCUGGCGGGGGGACGCGGGACGCAGCGCAGGACGCGGGAACUCUAUCUCCCUGUUCCACGUGUUGGUGACAGAGCUGGUGUUCACCGACCUGCUUGGGACCUGCCUCAUCAGCCCCGUGGUGCUGGCUUCCUACGCUCGGAACCAGACCUUGGUGGCCCUGGCGCCUGAGCGCCGCGUGUGCAUCUACUUCGCCUUCGCCAUGACCUUCUUCAGCCUGGCCACUAUGCUCAUGCUCUUUGCCAUGGCCCUGGAGCGCUACCUAUCCAUCGGGCACCCCUACUUCUACCAGCGCUGGGUCACGCGCCGAGGCGGCCUGGCGGUGCUGCCCACCAUCUACACGGUCUCUCUGCUCUUUUGCUCCCUGCCGCUGCUGGACCCCGAGAAGUACGUCCAGUACUGCCCUGGGACGUGGUGUUUCAUCCAGCACAGCCAGACCACGUACCUGCAGCUCUACGCCACCGUGCUGCUGCUCCUCAUCGUCGCGGUGCUCGCCUGCAACUUCAGUGUCAUCCUCAACCUCAUCCGCUUGCACCGUCGGAGCAGGAGAAGUCGCUGCGGACCCUCCUUGGGCAGCUGCCAGGACGGCCCUGGGACCCGCAGGAGAGGGGAAAGGGUGUCCAUGGCGGAGGAGACGGACCAUCUCAUUCUCCUGGCUAUUAUGACCAUCACCUUUGCGGUCUGUUCCUUGCCUUUCACGAUUUUUGCAUAUAUGGAUCAAACCUCAUCCCAAAAAAACAAGUGGGACCUCCAAGCUCUUAGAUUUUUAUCCAUCAAUUCAAUAAUUGACCCUUGGGUCUUUGCCAUCCUUAGGCCUCCUGUUCUGAGACUAAUGCGUUCAGUCCUCUGUUGUCGGGUUUCAUUAAGAACACGAAAUGCAGCACAGACUUCCUGUUCUAUACAGUCAAAUGCCAGUAAGUAGAUUGACCUUCCCUGACAGUAGUUAAGAAGUGCUUCGUUAGCCAGCAUCUGGAAGAUCAUUUUGAAAUGGCUGCAUGGAGAAAUGAAAAAAGUAAGUUUACAAACCCAACGACACUCUCCUAAUAAAACAGAGUGAACAAACCUUUCAGCAGCGGCUGGGGCUACAGAGGUGCUGACAAGGCACUUCAUGGAAGUUGUCAGAAGGAUCUGUAAAACCUGCCUUCAACGAGCAGGUCAAUGAGUUGGUCUUUGGAGGAAAAACCAACCGCGUUCAGGAUCCAGUUGCCUUUUGAUUUAAACUUCCCCGUUGAGUGAGAAAGUAUGUGGUUUUGAAAUUUGUUUAAAACCCUAAAUAGUUACAGUGUUUUCUAUUUUAAUCUUCUAUGCUACUGCCGUUAUAAACAUGCAGCGUGCAGUCAGACCAAAUGAAACUUCGUGUGUCUCCUCUAGGAAGGCCAUGUGUGGAAGCAGCUGAGACUGGUGUCUUGUGUUGCUUAACAAACCCUUUGUUUGGCCAAUGAACUUGGAAAUCACAGGCACUUUGUACCGUUCUAUUUGUGUAUGUGGGAGGUCUCUCUGGUCACCACGGUAUUAUGCGUGGAACAGUGGGCUCAGCUGGUUAACGUCACCUUUUCACUAGUCCUCUAGAAGCUGUGUGUCAAAGUAUUAGGUAUUUAUUUUAUAAUGUCCAUUGUGCUAAGGGUAAUCAAGAACACUUCUGGAAUUUUCCUCUCAAAGAGAAAUAAUAGGCUAUUAAAAGAGUUUUAAUUCUGAUUAAUACUUUUCAUUCUCUUUCCAGGGAGGGGUAAUGUGGCCAAAUACUAGAAUUAAAAAAACUCUUCUAUUGCUCAUGUUGAGGCUGUGACUAAUAUCUACUUGAUAAUAUGACUGUCUUGUAGCAAAACUCAUGCAUCUACAUUUUUAUCCAGGAAACACAGUUUGACUCAUACUAUAUAGGAAAUCAUGCAAUAGUGAGUCAUAUCUUACUAUGUUUCUAAAUCUAAACGUUUAGCAUGGUGUAAACCCGGCAUCAAAAUAUUUCAGUGAAUUUGCGCUCUUUAAUCAUCUUAGUUACUGUGUAAACUCAUCUGAAAUGUCAGGAAAAUAAACUAUGAAACAAAAAUGGAAAAUGGGAUAGUAUUUGAUGAAUUCCCCCAAAUAACAGUUUCUAGAGUAGAUAUAAUAUUUUUAAUAAGAGAAAAGUGGAAAAUUAUAUUUAUUUUGGCAGGCAAGUUUGUAAAGUGUGGUUGUAUUAUAAUUUAGAUGUCAAAAUAUUCAGUAUAGUACUUGGUAUUAGAACAUUUUUUUCUUUCCGUACAGCAUGAUCUUCCAAACAGUAGAACCACCUUAUUUAUUUAUUUAUUU